AUGGCUUACAUAUACCAUGAAAAUCAAUACUCAGGUCCGGGUGUUUGGCAGCAGUGCUAUAGCGGGCAACUGCCCAGAGGUAGACCAGUCUUAGGGGGCAAUGAUAUCAAUGGCAAAGCGCUAUUCGUUGGCCGAGCCGUACAGGAAGGGGACACCAUUCCCGGAAAGGUGGUCCCCUCACACGGUGUGUGUUACGUGGCGUACGGGGGCGCAGAACACGGCCACCGAGACUACCAGGUGCUGACCAAUCCCAGUGGUAAAGACAUGGUAUGGGUGCCGGCGGCCAACGGGGAGGUACCGUACGGUGCCAUUGAGGGCGGCGAACAAAGUGAUGGCCAGGUGUUGUACAUCGGCCGCGCCUACCAUUCGGGCUCAAUGGUGUUGGGCAAAGUGCACCCUGGUCAUAAUACACUCUAUGUCUCUUUCGAUGGCCAUGAAGUUCCCAUUCGCCACUAUGAGGUCCUUCGUGAUUUACGAGUGAUUACGAGUGUUAUAACACAACUCGUGUUGUGUCCGUGGAAACAGACCGUACGGACAGACAGACAGUCGGCAGUUGUGUUGUGGACACACCUGAAGACGUGUCCGGCGUUAAUCAGCCGGCGAUUGGCCACUAAAUCAACUCGCGAUCAGUGGUUACUAGUAUUGCGAUACGGGUCGUGGGGGCGGCCAAUCACCAGCACAACUACCGCCACCGGCCGGCGACUAUCAACACUCAUCGGUGGUCAUCAGUGGCGGGCCGUAGGACCAGAUCUUACUGCGGCCAGUGGUGGCCAAUCACCAGUACAACUACCGGUGCGGCGGUGGCUAAAUACGGGGGAAUUCCGGCGACUGUCCGCCAAGUCUCGCAAUAGGGAUGGUAUGCUCUACGCGACGGCAUUCGUGCUGAUCGUAUUGGGCGGCACUUACGCCGCGGUUCCCAUCUAUCGGAUCUACUGUCAGGCGACCGGAAAGGGCGGCAAAGCCUUCAUCGACGAGGAGAAGAACAAGAAGAUCGCCGAAAUGGUGCCCAAACAGGACCGCCUCCUGAGGGUGACGUUCAGCGCAGAGACCACGAGUCAGAUGUCCUGGAAUUUUAUGCCCACUCAGCCCGAGAUCAGGUGCUAUCCCGGAGAGACUGUACUCGCCUUCUUCACCGCCAAGAAUCCGUUGGACAGACCCGUCGAUGGUUUGUGUGAUUGA